GCUCUGUUUCCCUGUGAGAAGCUGCCUCGGCCCACCGAGAUGUCCCGGCAUCACAGUCGCUUUGAAAGAGAUUACCGGGUAGGCUGGGACCGUCGUGAGUGGAGUGUCAAUGGGACCCAUGGGACCACCAGCAUCUGCAGUGUCACCUCAGGAGCCGGGGGUGGCACAGCCAGCAGCCUCAGUGCUCGGCCGGGCCUCCUGCCACUGCCCGUGGUCCCCUCCCGGCUGCCCACACCGGCUACAGCCCCUGCACCGUGCACCACUGGCAGCAGCGAGGCCAUCACCAGCCUCGUGGCCAGCUCAGCAUCCGCAGUCACCACCAAGGCUCCUGGCAUCUCCAAAGCGGACAAUCCAUCCCAGGGACUGGCAACCAGCAUCCGGUGGGGGCAGACACCCAUCAACCAGUCCACACCCUGGGACACCGACGAGCCGCCCUCCAAACAGAUGAGGGAGAGCGACAAUCCAGGCACAGGGCCAUGGGUGACCACGGUGGCCGCCGGGAACCAGCCUGCCCUGAUCGCACACUCCUAUGGAGUGGCCCAGCCUCCCUCCUUCAGCCCGGCUGUGAACGUCCAGGCCCCAGUCAUCGGGGUGACCCCCUCGCUGCCUCCCCACGUGGGGCCCCAGCUUCCGCUGAUGCCCGGCCACUACUCACUCCCACAGCCGCCCUCCCAGCCUCUGAGCAGCGUGGUGGUGAACAUGCCUGCCCAGGCCCUCUAUGCCAGCCCUCAGCCCCUGGCGGUGUCCACCCUGCCUGGUGUGGGGCAGGUGGCCCGCCCCGGACCCACUGCUGUGGGCAACGGCCACAUGGCAGGGCCCCUGCUGCCUCCUCCACCACCGGCUCAGCCAUCCGCCGCUCUCCCCAACAAUGCCCCUGCCACCAAUGGGCCCCCCACAACUGACUCGGCCCAUGGGCUGCAGAUGCUGCGGACCAUUGGCGUGGGGAAGUAUGAGUUCACCGACCCAGGGCACCCCAAAGAAAUGUUGAAGGAAUUGAACCAGCAGCGCAGAGCGAAAGCGUUUACAGACCUGAAAAUUGUUGUUGAAGGCAGAGAGUUUGAAGUCCACCAAAAUGUUCUAGCUUCCUGCAGCUUGUAUUUCAAGGACCUGAUUCAAAGGUCCGUGCAAGACAGCAGCCAGUGCGGCCGGGAGAAGCUGGAGCUGGUGCUGUCCAACCUGCAGGCUGACGUGCUGGAGCUGCUGCUGGAGUUUGUCUACACAGGCUCUCUGGUCAUCGACUCCGUCAAUGCCAAGACUCUGCUAGAGGCAGCCAGCAAGUUCCAGUUCCACACCUUCUGCAAAGUCUGUGUGUCCUUUCUUGAGAAGCAGCUGACUGCCAGCAACUGCCUGGGCGUGCUGGCCAUGGCCGAGGCCAUGCAGUGCAGCGAGCUCUACCACAUGGCCAAGGCCUUCGCACUGCAGAUCUUCCCCGAGGUGGCAGCCCAAGAGGAGAUCCUCAGCAUCUCCAAGGACGACUUUAUCGCCUACGUCUCCAAUGACAGCCUCAACACCAAGGCCGAGGAGCUGGUGUAUGAGACCGUCAUCAAAUGGAUCAAGAAGGACCCUGCGUCACGUGCCCAGUAUGCAGCCGAGCUCCUGGCAGUCGUCCGCCUCCCCUUCAUCCACCCCAGCUACCUGCUCAACGUGGUGGACAAUGAGGAGCUGAUCAAGUCAUCAGAAGCAUGUCGGGACCUGGUCAACGAGGCCAAACGCUACCACAUGCUACCCCACGCUCGCCAGGAGAUGCAGACACCCCGAACCCGGCCCCGCCUCUCAGCAGGUGUGGCUGAGGUCAUCGUUUUGGUUGGGGGCCGUCAGAUGGUGGGGAUGACCCAGCGCUCGCUGGUGGCCGUCACUUGCUGGAACCCGCAGAACAACAAGUGGUACCCCUUGGCCUCGCUGCCUUUCUAUGACCGCGAGUUCUUCAGUGUAGUGAGUGCCGGGGACAACAUCUACCUCUCAGGUGGGAUGGAAUCGGGGGUGACGCUGGCCGAUGUCUGGUGCUACAUGUCUCUGCUUGACAACUGGAACCUGGUCUCCAGAAUGACAGUCCCACGCUGCAGGCACAACAGCCUCGUCUACGAUGGAAAGAUUUACACGCUUGGGGGACUGGGUGUGUCAGGCAACGUGGACCACGUGGAGCGGUACGACACCAUCACGAACCAAUGGGAAGCAGUGGCCCCUCUGCCCAAGGCAGUGCACUCGGCAGCAGCCACCGUGUGCGGUGGCAAGAUCUAUGUGUUCGGUGGGGUGAACGAGGCCGGCCGGGCCGCGGGCGUCCUCCAGUCCUACGUGCCUCAGACCAACACGUGGAGCUUCAUCGAGUCCCCGAUGAUAGAUAACAAGUAUGCGCCUGCAGUCACCCUGAAUGGCUUCGUGUUCAUCCUGGGUGGAGCCUAUGCCAGGGCCACCACCAUCUACGACCCCGACAAAGGCAACAUCAAGGCAGGCCCCAACAUGAACCACUCUCGCCAGUUCUGCAGUGCCGUGGUGCUGGACGGUAAGAUUUAUGCCACGGGAGGCAUCGUGAGCAGCGAGGGACCUGCCCUGGGCAACAUGGAAGCCUACGAGCCCGCCACCAACACAUGGACCCUCCUCCCCCACAUGCCCUGCCCUGUGUUCAGACACGGCUGCGUGGUGAUAAAGAAAUACAUUCAAAGCGGCUGACAUCAGCAGAAAGCCCAUGACAAGACUGUGGAGAAAGUCCGGUGAGGCAAACGCUAUACACAAUGAUCAUUUCUUUCAACACCACCAGUAAGAGGCCCACAGAACACAAUCCAGGAACUCACUGCGCUCACCAUUUUGAAUAUUCUCUACAUUUGAAUGUAGAACGAUCAUCGUCGCCUUUGGGUGAAACGGAGCAUGGCGUUCUGUGCACAGGAGCGGGGAGCCGGGCCUACGCCAGGGCUGGCUGGCUCCCGCAGAGACGCUUGCUCGAAACCCAGGCACUCGCUCACUCUACCCGGUGCAAUAUUUCACAUAUAUUUUUAUUUUCAACUGGGAGAGAGAAGCUGUGUUUCCCUUCCUGCAGAGCAAGCUUGAUCCCUCAUCCACCAUAGAUC